AUUGGUCACUACACUGACAAUACUUCCUGAAACAAUCCAUGUUGCAACAGCAAGUAUACGUUUCAGUAGUUUAGGGUUCAAAUCAACGAAAUAAAUCACAAUGGAUGAUCGUGAGCUUGAUCUCACCGAGUCACAGAAAGAUACCAAGUCGAAAUACCCGGCGAUCAACAAGAAGUAUGAAUAUUUGGACCACACUGCUGAUGUACAGCUCCACUCUUGGGGAGACUCUCUGGAGGAGGCAUUUGAGCAGUGUGCCAUGGCAAUGUUUGGGUAUAUGACAGAUACAGAGACAGUGGAGCCCUUUGACACAGUAGAAGUGGAGUCAGAAGGUGAUGACAUGGAAUCUCUUCUCUUCCACUUCCUAGAUGACUGGUUAUUCAAAUUCAGUGCAGAUCUUUUCUUCAUUCCUAGAGAGGUUAAAGUUUUGCACAUUGACAGGAUGCACUUCAAAAUCCGCUCCAUUGGGUGGGGAGAAGAGUUCAACUUGGUCAAGCAUCCACAGGGGACAGAAGUGAAGGCCAUCACUUACUCAGCCAUGCAGAUCCAUGACAUCGACAAGCCCGAGAUCUUUGCCAUCAUUGACAUCUGAGGAUACUACUACUGAGAAACUGUCCCAGAAGGGAACAGGACAAUAGAAACAAACCUAUAUGUGCCUGUGUGAUUGGACAAUUGAUUUAGGGCAACAGCAUAGGCUUUGAAAAUUGACAUUUGAUUAAGGGCAACAGCAUAGGCUUUAGAACUGGAUGAGUGAAGUGUAAUAUUUCCCUGAAUUUGAAUUGUUUACAGACA